CUGCGAAUUUAGUGGCGAACGAGCCAGCCAGUCGACCAGACACACGAGCGCGAGUUUGAAAUCGAAAACCUGGCCCAAACUGAAAUUCAAAACCGUCGAAACCAAACAGCAGCGAUCGCAGAUUGCAACGAGCGUGGGCUGCAAUCGGAAGUGUAAAUAUUUGGAUAAUAAACAAAAAGCGCAGCAGCCGGAGCUGCAACUAAUUGAAAGCCUAACCCGGCUAAUUGCCAAUAAUGAGGAUUGCCGAAAUUGGCAGCCGCUGAGAUAAUAGAUAAUUCGGAAAAUCUUGUGCGUGUGUACGGAGCCGUGAAAAGCCAACGGCAAAUAAAUUGCAAAUUAAAUCGGGAAAAUUAAUAACAAGACGAAAGCAGCGAAGGAUCACCAUGAAAUCGUGGCUGCUGGCUCUGGUGGCCCUGGCAGCAGUUGUAACUGGCAGCCAGACUCCCAGUGCGAAUCAAUACCAUAUCCAGACGGACGAGGGACCGGAGCGCUACUUCCGCUUCCAAACGGACAGCGGACAGUUCCGCAAGGAGAAGCGGCUGCAGGAUGGCACAGUAAUCGGAACUGAGGCCUGGAUCGAUGCGGCGGGUUAUCUGCGACAGAAGGACUACAUCGCCGAUAAGCAGGGAUACAGGAUACUGAAGUCCAAGACCAUCUACGUGGGACUAGGAAGGGCCGUUGAGGACGCCAUCAAAUCCACCAAGGCGGCGCCAGCUCAAUCUGGUGUCCUAGUGCAUGGCGGCUCCUCGGGAUCUUCGGCCAACAGUCUGGGCAGCUAUCGACGUCCCAGCUAUGGCUACAUUUCCAGCACCACGUCCACUACCACUCCUGCUCCAUAUCCGCCACCAGCUCUACUGGACGUCGAGGACUCAGGCGCAGGCAAGCUAAAUUACUUGCCACCCGAACAAGCGGCCAAGAUUGAGCCACAAUCACAGCUCGGGUUCGAUCACUAUCCGGAUGAGUUGCCACGGGCGAGGGAUCAGCUAUUGUCGCCUCUUCCAGCCACGCCCCUGAGCCCACUGGUGGACAUCCAUUCCAAUGGUGACCCUGUCCAGGACUUGGAACUGAAUGCAAUCAAUGUGUACGACGCUGAAGCGGAUCGAGCCUUCGGUCACGGGCAAUUUGGAUCGGUCAUAAGUUCCACUACGGCCAGACCUCCAUCGCUGGAUAUGCUACCACCACUGAGUGCCCACAGGCGUCGUCUGCGUCCGCGUCCGACUCCAGCUCCCGUAGCCAUUGUUUCCAGCACACCAGCACCCAUUUCUGGCGGAGAUUUGUAUGGCUACUCCACGCCACAGCCAUUUGCUGCCCCUGCCUAUCAGUUCGCUCCGCCAGCCACGUCCUCCACCACGGGAUAUGGCUACUAUCCGCCUCCGCAGUCCCCAGUGGAUGUAAACUCCUUGGAGGCGGCACUUCUUCCGCCCCUGCCAUCCAGCUCAUACCGAAGACGCCUGCGUCCAAGGCCAGUCCAGAGUAAUCACCUCGAUGGGUUGGCCGCCUCCGAAUACGAUGGCGUGGGAGUGACCCGCAAUGGAUUCCGCUAUGUGCUGCCCAAGCAGUACCACGAGGAAGAAACGAAUCCGUCGGACGGAAAGCGAGCGGGCAGCUUUGGCUACGUGGAUCCCUUCGGAAUCCGGCGGGUGGUGUACUAUAACGCAGCUCCCGGCAGGGGAUUCGUCCAUCGGAAUAACAACCAGUUUGUGGGCGCCAAUGGAGCGCCAUACGACUCACCGGGUCCGGCGCAGCUGGUCAACGAAUAGAUAGUAGAGAAUAGGAUCAUUCAUGGAGAUUAGUGUGGGUCGAUUUAUUUUGUCAGCGAUUUUUGGGGUAUUCAAAAAGUUAAGGGGUUAGGAAUCUAAUAAAUCUGGGUAAUUUGUGUUCUUCCAAAAGAUUUUCCUAUAAAGCUAGAAAUGAAAUCCACAUAGUGAAAUUAAUAUAAUAUUUAUGUCAUGUGAUAAAUUUUAAAUGGAUGCUCAGUAUUUAAUCAAAUUGAUAUUUCGAAGCUAGACCUAUAAGUUAGGUUCUAAAGAUUUGUCCAAGUAAGUCCACCCACCCAAGCCGUGUAAAUCGACCCACUCUAAUGAAGGUGCUGCACGUAUCCCGAAUCCCGACUCACUCAACGAGGCACCAAAACUAACCGUAGAACCUCAACCAAGGGGAAUCCCCCACUUACGAUUAACCUGUACAUAUGACCACGCUUAAAGCUUUCCAUUCUCAAGGUCCCACUCUUUUUUUUCUCUACUGCACGCACACACACAAAGAAAACGACAUCUGUGUUAAAUAAUUUAAUGCUUAAUCACAUCCAAAUGUAACAUAAUUUAUAAAUCGAAACACUGUGCAAUUAGCGCUUAGAAUAAGUUCAUUAGGGGUACUCACUGCCGCACACGAAAUUUAGAUUGUGUAAGUGAUUGGGGAGAAAUCGAUUCACGUAUUAAUCUUGCCAUAUUAACAAAAAGUAAAUUAAUAAAACUCUCUGUUCAUCACUCCCCAUUCCGCCCCUUAGCGUAAUUUAUAAAUAAACAGUAAAAAUAACUAUAGCUGUUUUUUGGCCAAUAGCUGUUCAUUUCCAAGGAAUGAAUACCCGUUGCCUAAAAACCUUAGCCAUGUAUUGCGAAAAAUGUUAUUGUUAAGCAGAUUAAAGACAAUAAAAAACGUAUUUAAAUUAUAAA